UGAGCUUUGACAAGGACAGAGGCCAUUCCUUGCUGACCACUGUGACUUGCCAUCCCAAGCCUCUCAGGACCUGUUGGUGUAGCAGUUCAGAUAACUGAAAGCUGCUACUCGUCCCCAAGGACACCAAGAAGCCUUGCCAUAUCAACUGAUCCCCUGGCAGGAUGAGUUUCUCUAUCACAUUCACAGAGCUGGUCAACGUAGCCAUACCACAGUGUGGGAUAGUGAACUUCAAGGCCCUUCAUCUCCUGCUCCAGGGCAUCCUGGAGCACAUCCAAAUCGCUGAGCUCAAGAAAGUCCUUUCAGGGGAAGAGGACUUCCUUCAAUCCCCACCAGUGAUGUCUAUGCCCAGGGAGGGAGAUGCCCAGCCCAUCAUCAACCCAAUGAAGAGGCUUAGUAACAUCUUUGACCAAGUGAUAGACCGCAUUGAAAGGAUAGAGUGCAAAUUGGCUGAGGUGCAGGGCGUACCCACCACCACACAGCUGAUAGAGGACAGCCAUGGGGACAAGCGGCCCGCUGAGGAAAUAUGGAAUAAUAUCAAGAUCCAGAAGAGGAUAGAGGGCAAUGAGCAAGCCACAGAAAAGUUUACCAGGACUCUGCAGGAUCUGCUCAGUGACCUCCAUAUUCUCAAGAACACUGUUGAGACUAUCCAGAAGGACGUGGACAUGAUUAAGUUUAUAUUUGAAAAGGUAAACCCACAAAAAGUGGAACUUCUCAGUGAUGACUUGAAAAUACAGAACCGGAAGUUGGGUGCCCUGCAGCGGGAAGUGGUUACCCUCCAGAACAAGGUUCGUGCCAUCCCCCAACCUGAGGACAUGGUGCUCUGGAGUAGCCUCCAUGAGGCCAUGUUCAAUCCAGAACAGCUGAAGCUGGAAAGGGAGCCGUCCAAUGUCUGGCAGAGCAUGACCUCUAUUCCAGAGUCUUCUUUGGAGCAGUCUGAGGAUGCUGACUUCAUUCAUACUCCCAUGCACAGGGUCACCCCUGUGGUGCAGUUUGCAACUACAGCAGCCCUCAGGGAGGAGCUCCCUCAGGGUCUUGAACUUGCUGACUCCCAGAGGCUAGAGCAGGUUGAGGCCUCUGUAUCUCAGACUCAGGCCUCUGUGUCUCAGAUACAGAGGCUAAGACAGGCUGUCCCUGCCCCUGCCCCUGUCCCUGCCCCUGUCCCUGCCCGCGUCCCUGCCCGCGUCCCUGCCCGCGUCCCUGCCCCUGUCCCUGGAUUUGUGCCUGAGCCUGGUUUCAUGCCAGUCUAUGGGCCUAGACCUGAAAUGGCUCCCCCAGGUGCAUGGGCCGUAUCACCAAGAAGCUGGGCUAGGGAUACCGCUUGGCCUGUAUGGGGUAUGGGUCCGGGUCCCUACCAGCCUGGCAUAGAUCCACUUCGCCCUAUGGGCCCGAUGCCCAGGGCUCCUUUUCCAGGCAUGGGAAGUGAAAUAGCAUGGACUCAGGCACUGCUGCAAGAGACCUACAGGCUCCCAGGUCUUGAAGAAAGAGGGCCUGAAUAUGAGGAAUUCUACCAGGAAGGCUAUCAGGAAGAGAUGCCUAUGGAUGAGGCUACCCAGGAAGAGAUCGCUAUAUAUGGGGCUCUCGAGGAAGAGAUCCCUACGGAAGGGGCUCCCCAGGAAGAGAUGUCUAUGGAAGAGGUUCCCCAGGAGAGGAUUUCCAAGCAAAGGGUUCCCAAGUACAGAACCCCCAAGGAGAGGGCUACCCAUCACAAAACCCCCAAGGAUGUGUCCCCCGAAGAAAAGGUGAUCCACAAAGGCAGAGCCCAGAAGGGCAAGGCCCCGGAAACACACCGCCGUAAGGGCCCUCCAACUGCCUUAAAGAAGCUGAGGUCUGCUGUUGCCAUAGCUGCAGCAGCUGCUGCCGCCUAUGCAGCCGCAGCAAACACAGCUGCCCAGGCAGCCAAAGAUGCUGUCAAGUCCAUCCAGGAUGCUCCUGCAAGCCAACUGGCUACCAAAGCAGCAUUAACGGCAUCAGCAGGGCCUUUACAGUCCUUUGCAGAUUUCCUGGGUGCAGGAUUUGGCCGUGGGGCCACCAGCAUACCCUUCGGUGAGGGUGAGAUGGAAGAAUUUCCUGAAGAGUUUGCAGCACCCUUUAACCCCUUCACACCCAAACCAAACCUGUCCCAGGCCAUGAUAAAUGCCAUGCAUGCUACAAGUCCUGAAGAAAAGAAAAAGGCUGUGCAGUACUCCAUGAGCCAUAUUGCCAAGAUACCUAGCAGACAUAACUCCCUGAAAGAAGAGUUUGUCAAUCUGUCAACCACCUUAAACCAGCGCUUAAAUUACUUAGCUAACAUGGGAAGCACUGGCACACUUGGUAACACAGUAAAUGUACUGGAAGAAAAGAUUGUUAACCUCCAGAAGGCCAGGCUGCAGGAAGAAGAGCUGGAGAGAGUUUGGGGCCACCAGAUAGAUAUGAUGAAGAGUCACUACAUGGUGCUGGACAGGGCAGUGGAAAGGCUUCAGAUUCGCAUGGAUGACUUGAAGAUCCUCAAGGCGGAAAUCGAAAGGCUGGAUCUGGUUAAAGCAGAUAAGAAAACGAUGGAUAUGGAGCUGAAUGAAAAAGCUGACAGGGACACAUUGGCAAGCAAGGCAAACCGAGUGGACUUGGAGACGGUGGCGAUGGAGCUGAAUGAGAUGAUUCACAGCAUGCUCUUGAAGAUCACAAACUAUGAGUCUGACUGGAAGAAGUCUCUGAAACAUAUCAGGAAGGACCUGAACACUAAGCUAGUCCAGAGCGACCUGAACAGCCUGAAGAAGGACGUAGAAGAGGUCUGGAAGAUAGUCCGGAAGCUUUUGCUAGAAGGCCUCCGAUUCGACCCCGACAGCGCCGCAGGCUUUAAGAAGAAAUUGUUCGAGAGGGUAAAGUGCAUCUCCUGCGACCGGCCUGUAGAGAUGAUGACUGGCCCGCAGCUGAUCACCAUCCGCAACACCCAUGGGCUGUCACGAGUAAGGCCAGCCAGUGCCAACAGCUAUGAGUAUCUGCAGCGGCAGCUGAUAAGGGAACAACAGCAGCAGCUGCAUUUCCAGAACUUUGGAAUUCGUGAGGAAGGUCUGGGCUUCCAGAAGGACUGGGGUGAUGGGCCCCGAAAUGAGAACAUCUUGAAGCACAAGUCACAUGACCUGUCAACAGUCUAUCCUUAUGGGGACCCUGAGCUGAUGGACUAUGACACUGCCGAGGUGGACAUCUUGGGGGUAGACGGAGUUCUGUACAAAGGCCGAAUGAGCAGCCAGAUUGGGACUCGGAUUGGGGAGAAGGACAUUGCAGCUGUGAAAGUUUCGUAUUACACCGUUCCAAACAUUUCAAACCUGACUGAUCGUGUGCGCCCAGGAUCCUUACUUGCUCCGGGCUACCCGCCCUUGGGUCCCCGCACCAGUAUCACCUCCGCCACCACUCUACACUCUGCCACCAACACCACGACGGCACGGCCACCAUCCCUGCCACCAGUGCCGCAGCUACCACCACUGAUCCCUGCUUCAAGGGAUCCCCAAGAGGCCCCUGGAUCCGCCAAACGCUUGAAAUCUCCACGGCUGUAGCACACCAACCCUUGAGACCCAAGCCUGUGACCCAACUACCACGGGGUCCCCUUCACUCAAAGAAAGAGACCCGGAGCCCUGGAGCAGGUCCAGGAAGGGUUCAGGGAUUCUGGAUAUAGGGGAAGGAAGGGUCUGCAUGGGGACCCAUGUUGACUCAGUGUUUAACUGUGUAUCUAAAAUACAAACCACAUAGCCCUUCCUAGCCAACCUUUUCAUGGAUAA